AAACAUCCAUAUGUUUGUGUGGAAACAAAGUAAGCUGGUGCAGUAUUCUUCGAUCUUUAACUUAAUUGGUAAUGGAAUCGCAAUCGUAUUCCUCUUCCUCCUCCACCAGUACUCUCCUCCCUUCAGCCAGGAGACCCAGAAUCCCCGGUCCUCAAUUCCAUUCUGCGCUCCAUUUGGUCCGUCGAAUUCCGGCCAAGCCCUGGAAGAAGCCGGUGGCGCCACUGCCUCCGACCCCGCAGAGGAUCUACAAGGUGGCGGCGGUGGACUUCAAGCAAGUGGUCCAGAAGCUCACCGGGGCUCCGGCAGCUGAGUGCCAGUACUCCCGGCGCCUGCAAGCCAUGGCUCCGUCGCCGCUUAGCAUCGCGAAAGCUGCGCCCGCCACCUCGGGGGGCCUUCCCUGGCCGAAAACCACCGCGGCGCCGUGGAAGUUGCCGGAGACCUCCGUCCCGGCUGAAAGUCCGUUGGGAUUAAGUUUGUCGCCAUUGUCUAGUUCGUGGUUUUCCUUCCCUAUGCUGAGCCCAGGAACACUAUCAUCCGUAAGCACAUUUAUGUAGAUUUGUUUUUUGGGUCUAUAUUUGCCAUUUAUUGUUUCCAUUUCUUCCUCCAGUUAAAAGGGCUAUUAGCAAAGGACAAUUCUUGUUUGCUA